AUGACACGGCGUGCUUCGGCCUUUGUGCCUCUGAACACCACACAGCUUUCUCGAACCGUAACGCGGGACUCUGCCACAACCCCUGCACAAGACGAAGAUUCACAAGCAGCACGCCCUCGAAGCCGUCGCGUGACCAGCUAUCACCAUCCCUUCCAGACUCGAUGUUCGCCAUGCAAUGACCCUGCACCAUCUUAUGCAGCAGCCACUCGCACUCCGAAGUUUCCUCCUGCUCCAAGAUUUUUCGAUAAUGGAAGAGAGGUUCUGCCAAAAUAUACUUGCACUGUGUCGAGAGAGGGUCCAAUGCAAAUGCGUAUUGAGAAGAUCUCGCCCUUCCAAUAUCUUCAAAAGCAGGACUUCCGCACUGUCUACGUCGUCCUCAACGGUACUCAAUUGAGCGUUCACAAGAUCAAAACUGUUCAGCUUGCUGGUUACUCAUUGCCCACAGCUGGAGCACUGAUCAAGCGAUACUCUCUCCAGCACGCUGAGAUUGGCUUGGCCACCGAUGUCCAGUACAACCAGCUACUGCCCGCUACUCGCCUAGCACAUUUUAUUCCUACCGUUGCCCGUCGCAAGGCUUUCGAGAAAGAUCCUGACCUUUUCACGCCCAUCUCACAGGUGGUCCUCCGCCUGCGUCUCGAGACUGAUCAGUUCCUCUUGUCGGACCACUCAGAGGAGCGCAUCUUCCGAUGGAUUCACGAUUUGUCUGCUAGCAUUGAUAUCUCAUUGCCACUUGAUGAGCGCUCCGCACCAAAGCCGUGCACUAUCCCCAGACGCCGUCGUAGACAGAGACAGGAAACGGAAAACAUUGAUGAUCGAAAUGUGAUCGAAGAGCAGGAGCAGAUUAUGCGCGAGAUGUAUCCUUCAUUGGCACGAUCGAUUGAAGAAGGAUCAGAAGGUGCAGAACUCUCUCGCACUGAGACUACAUACGACACCAAUGCUCUGACACUCACUGCUACGCUGGAUCAAGAGGCUGAGGACAUUGAUCUAUCGUUCCUGGCCGAGGAUCUUGGUCCAGAACAACGAUCAUCUACUCGUCCUGCCAACCUUCGUCAGAUAACCUCGUCUACUUGGGCUCCACCACACGCCCGUACGAAUGCCUCUCAAUGGCGAUACAUCAAGCGAUGCAUGCCCACAUUGCUCUUCGAUGCUCCUCGCGCCAACGAUAUCAUCAUUUGCCAUGGCCGUCGCUUGAGGGUCAACACUAAGAUGGACAUGCUUGAGGAAUGGGAAUUGGCGCCACCCACUUACGACACUCACGAAUUCCCCGAAGGUCUGGAUCGCUCCAUUACCAUGGCUUCUUCUCUUGCGACCACUUCUUCUACCAUCUCAGCAUCAAGCAUCGAUACUCAAGAUGGAAAGAUCGCUGCUCUCACUCACCAACUCCCUGAGGGCGAUAUCAAAAGAAGCUCGCCCGCCCCUGUUGUCACUCGCAGCAAGAUCCCUGAACGUACUUUGAUGGAAGAGGGUAUCGUCGUUAUCGCUUUCUGA